AUGCUCGAAAUGAAGAGACAUCAAUUAGAGGAAGACUCAAGUAAUCGUACUACCAUUGUAAAUGAAAAGCCUUCUUACGAUUCUGGCACUAUUAGAAGAUUUCACCUCAGGGUUUAUUCCUUGUUGUCAGCCCAAGUACUAUUCAUUUUUGCCGUAUCACACGUUAUAUGCCCCUCAGAAGUAGCCUCGAGUUUUGUCAUUCGACAUACCUGGCUAGGUAAUGUAGGUACAAUAGUCGGGUAUGCAUCUGUGUAUAACAUAUGCUGGCCCGUAGUAACUGAGAACUUGAAGAAGAAAUCAGUCGACGAGGAGGCACUAGUGCAAAAGAAAACUGCAUCGUGGUUCGUUGAAUCUGUGAGAGGACAACAAGUUAUCUUUUUCAUCUCCACCUUGGCCCAUUGCUAUCGAUUUAUCCAGAGUUGUUUAUUGGAUGGAAACUUUGCCAUUUCUCUCAAGGCUCUCGUACCCUCUUUAAUAUUGGAGCUGCUCAUAAGUAGCAUCGUGUGCGAUACGAAAUUUGGUGACAAGAUGGACUCCUCUCUAUGGAAGAGUAGAUUGAUAACUUGGGUCGUCGUACAAGUCACAAGCCUUGUGGGUUUGUUUGCUUUACUCGUUUUGCCCGUUCACGAUAAAUGCUCCGCUUUAAUGUUCAAAAUAUGGCCUGUAGUGUUUGUCAUAUCUUACCCCGUUUCUAUCAUUACCAACAUUGUAAGGAAACUCUCUCCUGAGUUAGAUUAUACGGCCACAGUAUUGCUUUAUGUCAGUAUGUCCAUUCUAUUCGCAGGAAUUAAACUAAUACUAGAACAACUCAUGCAGCACUCAUAA